AGACUGGGAUAGAGCGAUAUACACGCAUGCGUAGUAGGUGCAACUGGCAACGACGCAAAAGUUGUGUUGACGAGUACGGAGUCUUUGGUUAUGGGUUUUAUCUCCGAAUUUAUAAGUUGUUUGAUAAAAUUUUAGGAAUUUCACCCGAUGUAUAUGGCUAAGACAAUGAACAUGUAGUAUUCUAUCCUCUUGCCGUACUUAUUUUUGGCAAGAGUGUAAUUUUUCAAGAUGUUUUAUUCGACAAUGAUUGGCGAUACGUCAUUCACGGUGCUAAAAAGAUACGAAAAUUUACAACCUAUCGGUUCUGGAGCGCAAGGAAUGGUUUGUUCUGCACAUGAUUCAGAAACAGGGGAAAAAGUUGCCAUUAAGAAACUGAAUCGGCCAUUUCAAAAUGUUACGCAUGCAAAAAGGGCCUAUAGAGAGCUGGUCCUUAUGCAACUUGUCAAUCAUAAAAAUAUUGUCUCAUUGCUGAAUGUGUUUACUCCUCAAGACUCUUUGCAAGAAUUUACUGACUUAUAUCUUGUAAUGGAGCUCAUGGAUGCUAAUUUAUGCCAAGUCAUUUCAAUGGAUUUGGAUCAUGAACGUUUGUCUUAUUUACUCUACCAAAUGCUUUGUGGUGUGAAGCAUCUUCAUGCUGCAGGUAUAAUUCAUAGGGAUCUGAAACCAAGCAAUAUUGUCGUUAAAUCUGAUUGUAGCCUUAAGAUUCUCGACUUUGGUCUUGCCCGGUCAGCGGGUUCAAACUUUAUGAUGACGCCAUACGUUGUGACGCGAUAUUACCGAGCACCUGAAGUGAUUCUUGGGAUGGGCUACAGCGAGAACGUGGACUGCUGGUCAAUCGGUUGUAUAUUUGGUGAGAUGAUUCAAGGACAAGUUAUGUUUGCCGGUGUUGAUCAUAUCGACCAAUGGCAUAAGAUCACCGAGCAUUUGGGAACUCCAGAAGAGGCUUUCUUCGAAAAUCUUCAACCUACUGUUCGUAUGUAUUGCAAGAGCAGACUAAGGCACCGAGGAAAGUCUUUUGAAGAACUGUUUCCCGAUGAACUGUUUCCAAAUGAUUCACCACGUGAUCUUCGAAAAACUGAUGAUGCGCGUGAUUUCUUAACCAAAGUAUUGGUUGUUGAUCCAGCGAAAAGAUAUUCCGUUGACCAAGCUUUACAACACCCCUAUGUAAAUAUAUGGUAUGAUAAAGGAGAGGUACUUGGGCCGGCCCCGAAGAAGUACGAUCACUCAAUCGAUGAACAGGAACACACUGUUGAAGAAUGGAAAACUAUGAUAUAUCAAAAAGUAUUGGAAUAUCAAUCAAAACAUGGUGAUUUAUCUACAAAAUAUCAUCAGAGCUCGAAAGUAAAUGGUGCUGCGGCUGAUUCUGACGGUCAGGAGGCUACAUCAGGAGGAAGAAAGAAUUCAACUAGACGCAAAAAGGAAUCUUUUUCUUCAAGAAUUCGUCAGAUGAUAAAGGGUGAUGGCCAUUGAAGAAAUACUAUUGGUGUUAUUAAAAUGUCUGGGAAUUUUUCCCUCAAUUGAAACAGCGUUGUAUUGAACGCAAAUUUUACUGAAGCAUACGUAGAAUUUAUUAAUUUAAUGGUGAAUAGGAAUUUUGCGAUUGAUUAAUGGCAAAUAAGGCAGAAUACUGUUGUAAAUCGAUACAUAGUUUUCAUCUCAUGAAAUGACUUUAAAUUUCUUCAUGGAUGAUCCACAUAAUGAAUUAAAAUUUAAUUUAUACUUCAA